AUGUGUGUUGGCGACCAGGUGAAGCUGAGCGAUGAUCUGCUGAUUGGGCUGCACUUCCACAAGGCACACCAGCUGGAUCUCCCCAACCCCAAUGCUCCUAUGCCCCCCGUUUCCUCUUCCCCCCCCGGCCCCUCCCUGCAGCUACAAGAUGACUGCAAGGUGGCAUUCGUGGAGGGCCGCCUGCACCCCUCCUCCUGCGCACCGCCCGCUGCCUCGCUCUCCCUGCUGCCCCACAACACCGGCCCUCCUCUGCUGUCCGCACCCUCGGGGUCAGGGCAGGAGGCCAAAGGGCAGAGGCGGAGGAGAAGGGGCAGGGGGGAAGGUGGAGAGGGAAGAGUGGGAGCGGAGGAGGGAGGGGCAAGUGGAGGGGAGCGCGGCCACUGA